AUGCUUCUACAUGAGAUUGGACUAGGAGACUGUUUGCAUCCCUUGAUCAUAAAGAGAACUGCCCGUUCGGAUGAAAUUAUUCUGGACAAUAACGUCAGCCAUCGUUCAGCUGUAACAUCCCUUCGGUGCCUAGAUACCACAACACUCGAAGUGAGCACGAGAGCCGGGAUACUGCCAGGUUACCCAAGCCUAGACAAAGGAAGUCGAGAGGCAGCGGUCCGGUUCGAACCGCGGACUCUCCGGUCAGUAAAUUUGCGCUCUAACCACCGAGCCAUCUCGCCCAUUCCUAAUAAGAGCUCAAAUUGUGUGUGUGUGUGUGCGGUAAACGCUGUCAGACUACGUAAUGCACUACUAGUAAGGUCGCUGAAAAUUCUUCGACAGCCCAUGACCGGUUUCGCCCUUCUUGGGGCUCUUCAGUACCACGAAUCGCAGACAGAAGCCGCUGAUUUGGGCCUGAUUGACAUUCAAAGGAAGAAUUUGCACAACAGUUCUACUUUAAACGCUGAAACAGUCGACGGUUGUAAAAAUAGACGCACCUGGAACCCAGCUGAAUCUCUUGUUUGUGAUGUUCUCCGGCAACUGAAUGUGCUGCACCAAGUCGCCUCAUGUUUCAGUGGCUACGAUAUUCAAGAUAUCGCCAUGCAUGUAUAUCUUUGUAAAGUACUACUCAUAAGGUUGCUGAAAAUCCGUCGGCAGCUCACGCCCAGUAUCGCCCUUCUUGAGACUCACCAGUGCCUAACUGCCAUGCCACGCGAAGGAAGCUCGAGGACUAGGAUACUGCCGUGUUGCCCAAGCCUAGACAGAGAACGUCGACAGACAGACAGACAUUGGUUUCGAGCCACGGACCUUCCGGUCAGUAAAUUCGUGCUCUUACCACUGAGCUAUCUUGCCAUCUGUUGCUGA